GCAAUUAAAAAUAAAGUAACAGGGAAACAAUUCAAUGACACCUGUCCUGUUCUUCUGGAUGCUUUGAAAUUUUUGCUUCCAAAUCCAGCUGCUGAACACUGCUUACCUAAUGUAAUUUCGAUCAAUUGGCCGUUGAUUAUUAAAGUGUAUUAAGUGUACUUAAAGUCAUGCCUGCCUUAGUCACCUCACGAAAUCAAAGAUACCUGUAGCCUACUUCUUGAGAAACUUCUAUGGGUAUGAUGUGUCUGUGUAUAUCCCCAAUCUUUAAACCAUCUGUAUAUAUGCUCGAUAAUUCAACCAUCUAUCUCCCAAAACAUAAUGCAAUCGUAUUGCCAUUUGUGCAUUCACCAGGAGAAGGAAAAUAAGUAUCCUACUAUUUAAUCUCGAUCAAGGGAGUUAUAUACUCUCUGGAAGUUGGACACUUGAUUGGGAUCCACGAGCUGAUGAGUACAUCAGUUAAAUUAGAUGGUGUCGGGUCAUGGACAGGCAGCCUGCGGCAGGGAAGCACCAGACUGUUUGAGAGAAGCAGCAGUGUUUUCUCUCAGUCAACACAACGUGAAGAUGAUGAGGAAGCACUGAAAUGGGCGGCCAUUGAGAAGCUUCCCACGUAUGAUCGCGUCAGAACUUCCAUUCUUAAGAAUUUAAGUCAAAACAAUGGAAUUCGCAAUAUUCAUGAGAUAGAUGUGAGGAAUAUAGAGCUCGAGACUCGACGACAAUUGCUGGACAGGCUUGUCAAAGUUGCAGACCAGGACAACGAACGCCUUCUGCAAAGGCUUCGUGAAAGAAUCGAUAGAGUCGGGAUCAUAUUGCCCGAGGUUGAAGUGCGUUUCGGGAACUUGAACGUUGAAGUAGAUGUUCACGUUGGGGGAAGAGCGUUGCCUACGCUCUACAACUUUUCCGCCAAUAUGGUGGAGGGAAUUCUCCAAUCGCUUCGUUUAUACAAGGGAAAUAAGACGAGCAUGACAAUUCUUCAUGCUAUGAGUGGUAUGGUCAAGCCUGGAAGGAUGACACUUCUCCUUGGACCUCCUGCUUCCGGCAAGACUACUCUACUCUUGGCUCUUUCGGGAAAGCUCGAUAAAAGUCUCAGAGUCGAGGGAUCAGUGACAUUCAACGGCCAUAGCAUGAAAGAGUUUGUGCCACAAAGAACAGCAGCUUACAUUAGUCAACAUGAUAUGCACAUCGGUGAUAUGACUGUGAGGGAAACCUUGGACUUCUCUGCCCGCUUUCAGGGAGUUGGAUCCAGAUAUGAUGCAUUGACUGAGCUUUCACGCCGAGAAAAAGAACUGGGAAUCAAACCAGAUCCAGACAUAGAUAUCUUCAUGAAGGCAACUUCAAUAGAGGGACAAAAGUCCAAUCUGAUCACAGAUUAUAUCUUAAAGAUAUUGGGACUGGACGUAUGUGCUGACACCAUGAUAGGAGAUGCAAUGCGCAGAGGAAUUUCUGGUGGUCAGAAGAAAAGAGUUACAACAGGGGAGAUGAUAGUUGGACCUGCAAAAGCCCUCUUCAUGGAUGAGAUUUCCACUGGUUUGGACAGCUCUACAACAUUUCAGAUUGUGAAAUGCCUGCGGCAAUAUGUUCACGUUUUCAAUACCACAAUGGUGGUUUCCCUACUGCAACCUGCCCCAGAAACAUAUGAUCUCUUUGAUGAUGUAAUUCUACUUUCAGAAGGGUAUCUCGUUUACCAAGGGCCACGAGAAUCCAUUCUCGAAUUCUUUGAGUCCAUGGGAUUCAGAUGCCCUGACAGGAAAGGUGUUGCAGAUUUCUUGCAAGAGGUGACUUCACUAAAAGAUCAAGAACAAUACUGGGCAGACAAAAGGCAGCCAUACCGUUUUGUUUCAGUCAAGGAAUUUGCAGAUGCAUUCCAAUCUUUCCAUGUUGCUACCAGAAUUAAUGCAGAACUAUCGAUUCCAUAUGAUAAAAAGAAGUCACAUCCAGCUGCACUCACAACAGAGAAAUUUGGUUUAGGAAAAAGGGAGCUUUUCAAAGCAUGUUUUGAUAGAGAAAUUUUGCUCAUGAAGAGAAGCUCCUUCAUCUAUAUCUUCAAAUCCUCUCAGAUAACUCUACUGGCUUUGAUCUCUUCAAGUGUGUUCUUCCGAACUAAUAUGCAUGAAAGGAAUCUCAACGAUGGAAGCAUCUACUUUGGAGCUCUCUUCUUUGGGCUGGUCCAAGUGAUGUUUAAUGGCAUGGCAGAAUUGUCAAUGACACUGGACAAACUUCCAGUAUUUUACAAGCAGAGAGAUUUCAAGUUCUACCCUGCCUGGGCCUACUCUCUUCCCACUUGGGUAAUGAGGAUUCCUCUUUCUCUAAUGGAGUCUUCAAUAUGGAUCCUUUUGACAUACUAUAUAAUUGGUUUUGCCCCAAAUCCACAGAGGUUUUUCAAACAAUGGUUGCUGUACAUUUCAGUUUCUCAAGCAGCAUUAGGGCUGUUUCGAUUCAUAGCAGCUGUAGGACGGAAUCGAAUAGUGGCAAACACUUUUGGUUCAUUUGCUAUCUUGGUUAUUUUUGUUCUUGGAGGAUUCAUCAUUUCCAGAGAUGAUAUUAAAAGCUGGUGGAUAUGGGGUUACUGGAUAUCUCCUCUCAUGUAUGCUCAAAAUGGUAUUGCAGUAAAUGAAUUCUUGGCAAGCAGAUGGCAAAAGGAAAACAUUGGCAUCAGAUUAAUGCACUCUCGUGGUCUGUUUUCUAAUGACUGGUGGUAUUGGCUAGCUGUUGGGGCGCUCUGUGGGUACAAUUUUCUCUUUAAUGUUCUAUACACAGUGGCAUUACAUUAUCUUAAUCCACUUGGAAAGCCUCAGGCUCUAAUUUCUGAAGAAGAAUUGAAACAAAAGAAAGAAUCUACAACUGGUAUUCAAGGUGGGGUUUCAAGAGGACAGAGAAAUAGCAAUGUUUCAAACAAUUCUGAAUACAAUGCUGAUGGCAAGAAAGGAAUGGUUCUACCCUUCGAACCUCUGUCCAUGACCUUUGAUAACAUCAACUACUAUGUUGACAUGCCUGCUGAAAUGAAGGGACAAGGAAUUACAGAAGACAGGCUCCAGUUAUUGCGAGGAACAAGCGGGUCAUUUAGGCCUGGAGUUUUGACAUGCUUAAUGGGUGUUAGUGGGGCUGGGAAGACAACCUUGAUGGAUGUUCUUGCAGGAAGGAAAACUGGAGGUUAUAUUGAAGGUUCCAUUACUAUAUCCGGUUAUCCCAAGAAACAAGAAACCUUUGCUCGCAUUUCUGGUUAUUGCGAACAAACUGAUAUUCAUUCUCCCUAUGUUACUGUCUAUGAAUCCUUAGUAUACUCUGCAUGGCUUCGUCUCCCCCAGGAAGUAGAUCAUCAAACAAGAGAGAUGUUUGUGGAUGAAGUAAUGGAGCUUGUAGAACUAACUAACUUGAAAGGAGCUCUGGUUGGUCUCCCUGGAGUUAAUGGGUUGUCCACGGAACAAAGAAAGAGGCUAACAAUUGCAGUGGAAUUGGUUGCAAAUCCUUCGAUUAUUUUCAUGGAUGAGCCAACAUCAGGACUUGAUGCAAGAGCUGCUGCAAUUGUUAUGCGAACAGUUCGCAAUACAGUGGAUACAGGACGAACUGUUGUGUGCACCAUUCAUCAACCUAGUAUUGACAUAUUUGAAGCCUUUGAUGAGUUGGUGCUGAUGAAGCGUGGAGGACAGAUGAUAUAUGUGGGACCUUUGGGUCACCAGUCAAAAGAUUUAAUAGAAUAUUUUGAGGCAAUCGAAGGCAUUCCCAAAAUCACACAGGGUUACAACCCGGCAACAUGGAUGCUUGAAUCAAGCUCUAUUGGAGUUGAAAUGCGUCUUGGGGUUGAUUUUGCAGACAUCUACCGCAAUUCAUCUCUCUAUCAGCAAAAUCAAGCACUGAUCAAGGAACUUAGCAUACCAGCACCAGGGUCAAAGGAUAUAUCCUUUGAAUCAGAAUUCUCACAGUCUUUUCUGACGCAGACAUGGGCUUGCUUGUGGAAGCAGAACUGGUCAUAUUGGAGAAACCCAGAGUACAAUGCAGUUCGCUUCUUUUUUACACUAGUCACUGCUCUGAUGUUUGGCACAAUUUUUUGGAGAAUUGGUGGAAAAACAAAUAAGCAGCAAGAUGUUAUGAAUGCAAUGGGAUCUAUGUUUGCGGCUGUACUAUUUAUUGGCAUGAACAAUGCAUCAUCUGUUCAGCCUGUUGUAGACGUUGAAAGAACAGUCUUCUACAGAGAAAAAGCUGCAGGGAUGUAUUCAGCCCUUCCCUAUGCCUUUGCUCAAGUGUUGAUUGAGGUACCCUAUGUAUUUCUUCAAGCGGUGGUGUAUGGAGUUUCGGUAUAUGCAAUGAUGGACUUUAAAUGGGAGGCAGCAAAAUUCUUCUGGUUUUUCUUUUUCAUGUUCUUUACAUUCUUAUACUACACAUUCUAUGGGAUGAUGGCUGUCUCUCUUACUCCUAAUGCAAACGUAGCUGCAAUUGUGUCCACGGCUUUCUAUUCAAUCUGGAUGCUUUUCUGUGGCUUUAUAAUUCCUCGUAAGAAAAUACCAGUGUGGUGGAGAUGGUACUACUGGGGAUCCCCAGUUGCAUGGACUUUAUAUGGAUUGAUAGCAUCACAAUAUGGAGAUGUCAUGGAUAAAAUGUCAAAGACAGACGGCACAUCAGAAACAGUGAAGGAUUUCUUGAGGAAUUAUUUUGGAUUUAGACAUAGCUUCGUGGGAGUUACAGCAGGCAUGACUAUGGGAUUUGGCAUUCUUUUUGCCUUCAUCUUUGCCUUUGCCAUCAAAACUCUAAACUUCCAAAACAGAUAAGAGACCAAAUGAGAUGAGAGAAGUUGAGCAUAGAAUUCUUGAGUGUAAGCAUAGAAUUCUUGUGCAUUCUACAGUCCGACAAGAUAAGAGACACUGUAAUAGAGGUGGAGAUAUAUAAUAUAUUGAUCAACGUAUGACACAAAGAAAGAGUGUUUGAAAUAUUUCAUGACACCCUCAAAGGACAUUGAUCAAUGAUCAUCUACAUGCCCAAUUGUCCGAAGUGCAGGACAACAGAGAAUUUCACAUCACUUCCUAUUUCAUUUGAUCUACCUAUUGGCAAGAAGGGCAAUCUUCCCAGAAUUGACCAAAGUUGGUGAAAUGGAGUGGGGAGAGCACAAAGUGUACGAGUUCUUUUCGGUUGGAGUUGAAAAAGCACAGCAAACACUACAACAGGGUGAAUGAUGCAUUCAUCUUUCAUCUCAUCAAACUCUUAGAAAAUGAUUUCAACAAGAAAAUGUCAUUGGAAGCCAUGUCAACAAUUGUAGAAUGGAGCAAUGGGUUCAUCCAAUUCUCCACAUUCACAUACAUCAGAGUUGCAGGAUUCUGCACUACCCCAUAUAAACUCCCCAAGUACCCAAGCAAAAGGAUAAUCUUAUUGGAACUGUGCAGGCAACUAGGUAAAAGGUACAAAUAUUGCUCUCUAGGAAGUACAAGACAGGUGUGCAUUUUCCCAUUACCAUUGGUGAGUACACAUGUUCUUCAUACAUUCAUGUCAAGACUCUGGAGAAAGAAUAGCUGAAAUGAAUUGCAUUUAUUUAAAGCCAGAAGGAAAUUUGAUCCAAAGAAAAUGAUUGAAGGAUCAACUGGAUCCUUGUACAAUCAUCCACCCAAUCUCAAAGACUUUUUGACAGAUUGCAUGGAUGAGUAUGAUGAAAAACAGAGUGAUUACUCUAGGUCGAGUAUACAUCAGAUCAAAGCCUUUGAACUUGCCAAAGUGCGAAAAGAUGUUUCAAAUGAUGGCAAUGUGAUAGAUAUUUCCUAUGAUUGUAACAAUGCCUAUGUCAAACCUAUUUUGAGAUGGAUUGGACAAUUGUGGAGGACACAUCAAUCCAGAAUAUGAAACAAAAGAUAAUUGCUGUAAGUUUGGUGUGGCUAAAGGAGGCAACCCGAACAGGUGGAAAAGGUUAGAAAGAAAAGACGAAGAAAACCCCUGCUAAAAGAAAAGAGUCAACUCCUAUCACAUAAUAUAUAUAUGUUGAAGAGGCACCAAAAGAGCACGUGCCUUUAGUAAGGAAGAAACUCAAGAUAAUAAAAGGUAUGAAAGAACAUGGGAUUGCUGUUACAACAACUGCUACUGAUGGUGAAACUCUUCAUUUGCAAUAAAAUUUUGGAUUUUCCCUUGUUUU